AUGCAGCUCGCACGCUCAGCCCGCUUGCUGGCAGCCAAUGGGCGUGGCGCCCGCAACGCAGAGCCUGCGGCUUUCCGCGCUGCCGCCGCUCCGCACCAUGGUGCCGCCCUGCCGCGUGGCGCAGCGCCGUUCGCCGCGGCGGCGUCGGCAGCCCCCAAGGCUUCGCUCACGCAGGCGGCCGGCGCCCGCGUCUCCAGCGGCCGCCGCAGCACCGUGCGUGUGAGCGCCGGUUGGGGCGACCCCGUCACCUUCACCCCGGCCAAGGUCCUCGGCGUGUCCCAGGCAGCCACACAGCUGUUCACCGUCACCAUUGACGUCGGGCCCGAGAUCGCGGCCGGUUACACCCAGGGCGGCCAGUACGUGCAGAUCAAGGUGGGUGACUCCAAGCCGGGCUUCUUCGCCAUCGCGUCGCCCCCUGAGCCCAACAACCAAGGCAAGCGCAGCCCCAAGCGGCCACCUCCCAGCCGGCGCACGCCUUCAUGCGUCCUGGAGUUCCUGAUCAAGGCUGCAGGGGAAACUGCCGAGAAGCUGGUGACGCUGGCGCCCGGCGACUCUGUGGAUGUGUCCCCGGUGCAGGGCAAGGUGGGGCGAAGCGACGACAGGCACUGGAAACUUUGA